AUGGAGGAAGGAGGCUUCUCAGAUUCAUCCAUGCUGUCUGGGGUGACUGGUGGGCACAACUCGACAGAAACACACACAGACUCUGAAAUCCACCCGAAGCCCCUUGUGUUCAGGCUCCUGGAGAUGAAGGACGAGCUUGGGAGUGAAGAGGUCGAAGGGGAUGAGGAGGAAGAAACACAAGAAGAGGACAAUGAGUCUGAAGUGUUCACUGAGUCCGGUAAACACUCUAAGACUCACAAAUCCCAUGAGGCCUCCACAUCCUCCAAGUCCUGCAAGGGGAGUGAGUCCCUCCAAUCUCGAAAGACCAGCGAUCCUCCCCAGUCCAAGACCAGCGAUCCUUCGCAGUCCCACAAGACCAGCGAUCCUCCGCAGUCCAAGACCAGCGAUCCUCCCCAGUCCAAGACCAGCGAUCCUCCGCAGUCCCACAAGACCAGCGAUCCUCCGCAGUCCCACAAGACCAGCGAUCCUCCGCAGUCCCACAAGACCAGCGAUCCUCCCCAGUCCCACAAGGCCAGCGAUUCCCUCCAGUCCCGCAAAGCCAGCAAUUCCCUCCCGUCACGCAAGGGCAAUGAGCCCCUCCAGGCCCGCAAGGUCAGUGAGCCUCUUCAGUCACCUCAGGGCCACCGGCAUGGAAAAGGCGAUUUGCUUCCCAACGCAGUGAUUACGACCUCCCCAUCUUUGAUGAUCAGAUACCUACCGCGGCUCCAGCUGGCUUCCUUGAGCGCGCCCGUCACAUGGCAACACCCAAGCAAUUCCUGCCUUGCUCCCGCCACCACCAGACGUCCCCCGCCCCGGGGCCGUUCCCCACCCGAGCCCGUGAAGCCGCUGCGGGUGUCCCCUACCGGAAGAGCGCCACCACCUCGCGCUGCCACCAGAGAUCGCAAAGCUCCACCGCCUGCCGCUUCUGGACGCCCAAAGCCACGCACCUCGGAUACUCAGGAGUGCCAGCCUUCUCCACGGCAGGGGCAUUCACAAACUGUGCCAGUGCGUCUCGGAAAAGGGGAAAGCCAGCGUGCCCGCGGUCACGGAGCCUCUCCUGUGUGCACCGGAGGAAAACGUGGAGGACCAGGGCGUUUUUCACCCAGACCUGCACAGCGCUGUCCGAAAACCGCACACCCUGUUUCCCGUGACCUUGUAAAGAAAUGUUUUUUUUCUAGAAAGAGACUUGAAGAUCUUUCUAGACCGAAAAAGCAAUGGGGAACUCCAGAUAGAAGGUUGUUUUGGGGAAAUCAAGAUCCUAUUCGCCCUGUUUCUGAGGCUGCUUUAAAAGCUCAUCUGACCAAGAGACUUGAGGACCUCGCUCAGCCCAAGCUGGUCUCCCGACACUAUGUCCCUAACAGGGCUCAGUAUUACUACAGCUGCGGCAGAGAGUCUGUGAUUUGGAAGAUCCCUCCUCCUGCGCUGUUUACCCGACCUUCUAAACGGAUCCAGAAGCUCGCAAAACCCAACAGAUUCAAAACACAGUUUCUACCAGAUAGUGAUAAAUUACCGCCAGAGACUUUCCGUUUCUCCAGUCCUUCUCCCCGGAUUCUGCAGCUCUCCAUAGCCAAAGGCACAGAUCCCAACUAUGUUCCUCCUAAAAGCAUUGAAACCAAGAUUUCCUUCUCUACCUUGAGUGCCGUUGCAAGUCCAAGGAUUGUAGACCUUGCCCACCCAAGGAUCAAGAUAGAAGGUCUAUGUUAUGAGAGAGUAAAGAGUGAACUGCCCAUCCGUCCCGUAGCCCCUGCUGCCCUGCUUGCCAAACCUACUGACCGAACCAUAUCUCUAGCAAAGUCCAAACGUGUUCAUGAAGAUUAUCUCCCUGCUCGAGAUGCCCGAUGGCCUGUAUCUUAUGCUGCUGCCCAUUCUCAGGUGUCUAGCAGAAUCCAGCAGCUGGCUAAUCCACCUGCAAGGGCUUCAGUGCAUAUUGUAUACUACGACCCAGACGUCUUUAAAGUCAAGCCUUCUGCUUUGAAAGCACAGUGUUCUCCCAGGGUCAAGGAGCUGGCGGAACCCAUUGUGCGCUAACUUCAGCAAGCCACCCGAGGCUGACACAAGUUACCCAGUUCCAUAUCCAGAACAUGCAGCAGAUGACUUGUUUCCCUGCCUUGGUGUUUACAUCUUACCAAUCUCCUCCUAAAUAUGAGACUUCCAGGGAAUACCAGCGUGAGCUUCAGAUAGG